GACGGUCUCGCUUACAUCCGGUUUUGCCGGCAAACAUCGUUGUGUCGUUCGAUGAUGCUGUGAAAAUCGACAAUCAUCCGUGUUAUGGUAGUGUGAUAUUUUUCAAUGCAGAUGGCAUUUUAAACCAUAUAAUCAGCCAUGUUUUUGUACAACCUUACACUGCAGAGGGCCACUGGCAUAACAUGUGCCGUGCAUGGCAACUUCUCAGGGUCCAAAUUGCAAGAAAUUAUUGUUUCCAGAGGCAAAAUAUUAGAGCUGCUAAGACAUGAUCCAAAUACGGGUAAAAUUUACCCAGUAUUGUCUGUUGAGGUUUUUGGAAUGAUUCGCUCACUGAUGCCAUUCAGAUUGACUGGUGGAUCGAAAGAUUAUGUUGUGGUUGGAUCUGAUUCUGGAAGGAUUGUCAUUCUAGAGUAUAUUGCACAAAAGAACAUUUUUGAAAAGGUUCAUCAGGAAACAUUCGGAAAAAGUGGAUGUAGAAGAAUAGUCCCCGGACAGUACCUUGCAGUAGAUCCAAAGGGCAGGGCUGUCAUGAUAGGAGCAGUAGAGAAGCAGAAAUUGGUGUACAUUUUGAACAGAGAUGCCUCUGCAAGACUGACCAUCUCCUCGCCCUUAGAAGCCCACAAAGCCAAUACACUAGUUUACCACAUGGUUGGGGUGGAUGUUGGCUUUGAAAAUCCUACUUUUGCCUGUCUUGAAAUUGAUUAUGAGGAAGCUGAUAUGGAUCACACAGGAGAAGGUGCAAAGAACACACAGCAGCUAUUGACUUACUACGAGUUGGAUUUGGGAUUAAAUCAUGUAGUUAGAAAAUACUCCGAAUCCCUUGAAGAGCAUGCUAACUUCCUUAUAUCUGUACCUGGAGGCAGUGAUGGUCCCAGUGGAGUCUUGAUAUGUUCUGAAAAUUACAUCACCUACAAAAAUCUGGGUGACCAGCCAGACAUCAGGUGUCCCAUUCCAAGGAGAAGGAAUGACCUUGAUGAUCCUGAGAGAGGAAUGAUUUUUGUCUGCAGUGCAACACAUAAAACUAAAAGCAUGUUCUUUUUCCUGGCACAAACUGAACAAGGAGAUAUCUUCAAAAUCACACUAGAGACAGAUGAAGACAUGGUCACAGAAAUCAUAUUGAAGUAUUUUGACACAGUUCCUGUUGCAGCCAAUAUGUGUGUGCUGAAGUCUGGGUUUCUCUUUAUUGCAUCAGAGUUUGGAAACCAUUACUUAUACCAAAUCGCUCAGUUAGGAGAUGAUGAUGAAGAACCUAGAUUCAGCAGUGCAUCACAAUUAGAGGAAGGUGAACCUCACUUCUUCUCGCCUCGACCUCUGAAAAACCUGGUACAGGUUGAUGAGAUGGACAGUUUGUCACCCAUCACACACUGUCAGAUAGCUGAUUUGGCCAAUGAGGACACCCCACAGUUGUAUACUCUCUGUGGAAGGGGCCCCAGGUCCACAUUGAGGGUACUAAGGCAUGGAUUGGAGGUCUCUGAAAUGGCUGUGUCCGAACUUCCUGGUAACCCCAAUGCUGUCUGGACUGUCAAAAAGAAUAUUGAUGAUGAAUUUGAUGCAUACAUUAUCGUGUCCUUCGUGAACGCUACCCUGGUACUGUCCAUUGGAGAGACUGUAGAGGAAGUGACGGACUCUGGUUUCCUGGGAACCACACCAACACUGUCCUGCUCACAGCUCGGAGAUGAUGCUUUGGUGCAGAUUUAUCCUGAUGGAAUUCGUCACAUCCGAUCAGACAAAAGAGUUAAUGAGUGGAAGACGCCAGGGAAAAAGAGCAUUGUCAAAUGUGCCGUCAACCAGAGACAAGUGGUUAUAGCCCUAACUGGGGGAGAACUGGUCUACUUUGAAAUGGACCCAACAGGACAGUUGAAUGAGUACACAGAGAGGAAGGAGAUGUCCUCCGAGGUGGUGUGCAUGGCCCUAGGUAGAGUCCCCGUGGGUGAACAGAGAUGUCGCUUUCUGGCAGUAGGCUUGUCUGAUAACACUGUCAGGAUCAUCUCAUUGGAUCCCUCGGAUUGUUUGUCACCACUGAGUAUGCAGGCCUUGCCGGAGCCUUCCGAGUCCUUGUGUAUUGUAGAGAUGGGGGGAACUGAAGCCAAAGAAGAAACAGGGGAGCCUGGCACUGUAGGGGGCCUGUUCCUGAACAUUGGACUUCAGAACGGUGUAUUGCUGAGGACGGUGUUGGACAAUGUUACAGGGGAUCUCUCGGACACUAGGACUAGGUACCUGGGAGUAAGACCCGUCAAGUUGUUCAGAAUCUCAAUGCAAGGCUCAGAGGCUGUUUUAGCCAUGUCCAGCAGAUCAUGGCUUAGCUAUACCUAUCAGAACAGAUUUCAUCUUACACCCUUGUCAUACGAAACACUGGAAUACGCAUCAGGUUUUGCAUCAGAACAGUGUCCAGAAGGCAUUGUCGCCAUCUCUACCAACACCUUGAGAAUUUUGGCUUUAGAGAAACUGGGAGCUGUGUUUAACCAGGUAUCUCACCCUCUUCAGCACACACCAAGGAAAUUUGUGAUACACCCAGAGACAAACAAUCUGAUAGUGAUAGAGACAGAGUACAAUGCUUACACAGAGGCCACAAAGAUGGAGAGGAAACAACAGAUGGCAGAGGAAAUGGUAGAGAUGGUAAGUGCUGAGGAGAGAGAAAUGGCAGCAGAGAUGGCCGCUAACUUCCUGAAUGAAGAGCGGUCAGAGAGUAUAUUUGGAGCCCCAAAGGCUGGUCCUGGAAUGUGGGCAUCCAUCAUCAGAAUUAUCAACCCAAUCUCUGGCAAUACAUUGGAAAAAAUUCAGCUGGAACAGAACGAAUCUGUGCACAGCAUUGCUUUGUUGAAGUUUGCCAGUCGAGGUGAUGAUCAGUUUGUAUUGGUUGGUGUUGCAAGAGACCUAGUGUUAAAUCCACGAUCUUUGACUGGAGGAUUUCUUUAUUUGUAUCAAUUGGAAGAUGGAGGGGAAUCCUUGAAGUUGCUGCACAAAACUCCUGUGGAAGAUGUGCCUGGGGCUAUUGCUUCAUUUCAGGGUCGCGUUCUCAUUGGAGUUGGAAGAUAUCUAAGAAUAUAUGACAUAGGAAAAAAGAAAAUGUUAAGAAAGUGUGAAAACAAGAGCAUUCCCAAUUAUGUGUCGGCAAUUCAUACAGUUGGCAACCGUAUCAUUGCGUCGGACGUUCAGGACAGCUUUCAUUUUGUGCGAUACAAGCGACAGGAGAACCAGUUGAUUGUGUUUGCUGACGACACAAACCCACGGUGGAUCACGGCCUCCUGUUCUCUGGACUACAACACAGUGGCUGGGGCAGACAAAUUUGGAAACAUCACAAUUAUCAGACUACCUGGAGAUGUUAGUGAUGAUGUGGAUGAGGAUCCCACAGGAAACAAAGCCUUGUGGGAUAGGGGUCUGCUGAAUGGGGCAUCACAGAAGGCUGAUGUGAUGAUGAACUUCCAUCUGGGUGAGAUGGUGACAUCCCUGCAGAAGGCCACAUUGAUCCCAGGAGGUUCAGAAUCUCUGGUCUACACCACCCUGUCUGGAGGAAUAGGAAUGCUGGUGGCAUUCACUUCUCAUGAGGACCAUGAUUUCUUCCAACAUUUGGAGAUGUACAUGAGGACGGAGCAUCCACCCCUGUGUGGACGAGAUCAUUUGUCCUUCAGGUCCUACUACUAUCCUGUCAAGAAUGUGAUAGAUGGAGACCUGUGUGAAAUGUUCAACUCAAUGGAUCCUGUCAAACAGAAGAGUGUGUCGGAGGAGUUGGACAGAACACCAAGUGAAGUUUCAAAGAAACUUGAAGACAUCCGAACCAGAUACGCUUUCUAAUUGGAUGGUGUGUGUAUAUGCAUGAUAAUUCUGACAGUGGUGAAUAAGACCUGUACACAGGACUUUAAAUACAAUGAGACAGUGUACCCCACCCAAGAUGAAGAGGAGACAUCCACAGUGAUUGUUUGUAAAUGUACAAAUUUGACAUUUGUUAUAAAAUGUUCCUCAGUCAGCAGUCAAUGUUACAUGCACAUUCAAUAUCAUUUGACCAGAGUGUGUUUUGUACAUUGAUUUUUAUCAUAAUCAUGAAAAGCAACUUAUCAUUGUACAUUGACAGUCAUCAUUCAUGUCUGUUUGGAUAUUUUUUUUUAAAUAUACAUGUACCUGUAUUUAAUAUUUGUUCUCUGCGAUUGCAAUUAUUCUUGUUUGUUUAUUGUGCAAGUGUAGAAGAACAUCAAGAACCAGUUACUGAAUAUCUUCAGUCAAGAAUUGACAACUUUUCUGUCACUGAAAAUUGAGCUAAAUUAUUUCAUAUUGCUGUUGUCUAAUUGUUUAAGUUCAUGAUCAGACUCUUGAUUAACUGGAAGUUGUAAAGUAAUGGCCAUAUGAGAAGAAUAAAUCAAUGAUUGACUUAA